UCUUUAAAGAUAUUUCACUGUAUAUAUCUUAAACUCGUUGAUCAAUGGCUGCUCCGUCGUUCAUGGUGAACAUUGUGGAUACCAUCCAUGUUUCAGCACCGGCAGGGUCAGUGCCGACAACAAGUCUUCCUCUCAAUUAUUUGGACCUCCCAUGGUUUGCUUCUGCUCCCAUGCAAAGCCUUUUCUUCUAUGAAUUCCCUCACUCUACCUCUCAUUUCAUUCAAGCAGCGCUCCCUAUUCUCAAACACUCUCUUUCCCUAACCCUUCAACAGUUUUUCCCACUUGCGGCAAAGCUCAUGUGCCCUCCACCUCCACUCAAGCCUUAUAUAUUUUACACUGACGGCGGUGGCGACUCCGUUCCUCUCACCGUUUCCGAAUCGACCGCCGAUUUCAACCUUCUCAUAGCCAACUACCCACGAGAUUUCAAGUCGCUGCACCCCUAUGUUCCCGAAUUGCCACCGUCGACUAUGUCGUCGGAUGGCGUACGGGUGCUUCCCAUCAUGGCAGUCAAGGUCACGGUGUUUCCGAACGUUGGCGUUUGCAUCGGGCUGGCGCAUAACCAUGUGGCAGCCGAUGGAAGCUCGUUCAUGCACUUCGUGAGAUGUUGGUCUUCCGUUUGCAAGUCGAACGGAGAACCGGCGUCGGCGUUUCUCAAUGAUUCGGCUCGGCGACCUAUCCAUAACAGGGAGGCGUUUGAUGACCCUAAUGGGUGCAACGACGAGGCCUUGAAAUUCUACUGGCAUUGGAUAUCAUCUUGGAGGGAAAACCUCGGCCCGAGCAAGGAAAUAUUGCCGGCAGACAAAGUUCGAGCAACAUUUGUACUAGCAGCAGCUCAAAUCGUCAAACUCAAGCAGCAACUCACGACUCAGUGCAAGAACAGCAAUGAAUCCGAACAGCAGCUGAUAUCGACAUUCAUAGCCACCUGCUCUAUCAUGUGGAUAUGUAUGAUCAAGUCCGAAGAGAAUUAUAACCCAAUAUCAUCAAAUGGACAUGACGAUGAUGAUACAUUACACUACUUCCUUUUUGCCGUCGACUGCCGGAGCCGAACCGGAUUUCCUCUGCCGGUAACAUAUUUCGGAAACUGUCUAGCACCGGGUAUUGUAAAAGCCAAGAAGGGUGACCUGAUGGUGUCAAAUGGAAUAGUGACGGCGGCGGAAGCAAUUGCCAAGAAGGUUAAAGAGAUGGAAAGUGGAGCCCUACAAGAAGCACAGAAAGGAACUUCGAAGCUAGAGGAAAUGUUCCGAUCGGGGCAUCAUGUGGCGGUUUCGGGGUCACCGAAAUUCCGGGUAUAUGAUAUGGAUUUCGGGUGGGGAAGGCCGAUGAAGAUCGAGUUUAUUCACAUUGACGACGGUGGAUCUUUGUCGUUCAUCGAGUCUAGGGACGAACCGGGUGGCAUGGAAGUUUCCUUGGUUCUUAGCAAGAAUCGAAUGGAUGCAUUCACUUCCAAUCUUGCUGAAAACUUAAAGGCUUUUUAAUUGAGAAUUCAUCUAA